CACCAAUUGGAAACUGUUGAGGGCGCUAUACAUUUCAAUGAUGUGCGUCCGAGAGAAAAAGAUUUUUGCAGUUUUUACCUGUUUUUGUCCAGUUAGGCUAUAAAGAAAAUCUGUAUUCUGCACAAUGGAUAUCUCCGAUUGGAUAUACAGAGGGGAAGGAAACUCAUCCUUAGUAAUUUCUAACAUCAAGGAAAGGAAAGUGUACAAGUUGAGAAAGAGGGAAUUUGUGAAGACUGAAUGCAAUGAUACCAAGACUGUUGGAGGUGAAGAUAGUUUGCAAAGAUGUCGGAGGACAUUGCAGUACUCUGAGCAAGUACUUAGACCUCUUCUGGGUGAACAGUUUGUGGCAAUUGCUGAGAUUGUACCGAUUUCCAAAGAUUUUAUAAACAGUGUGAGUGAAAAGGUGAGGAAAUCCAGGCCACUCAAACGACUCAACACUGAAAUAGAUGAGUACAGUGGCUAUGGCAUAUGUCUACCAGACUUCUGUUUUAUGCAGCCCUCAAAUUCUAAGAAUUUAAACCCAGUAUUAUGUGUUGAAAUAAAGCCGAAAAUGGGAUUACUUCCAGACUUGAAGCAGAUUAGCCCAGAAAGGUCAAUCAAAAGGUCAGCCUGUAGAUUUUGUAUGUAUCAAAAAUUGAAGCUCUCUUUGCCAAAUGUUAAUCCAGGAAAUCAUAAGGUAGAGUAUGGAACCUGGGAAUCUGCUAGUUUAUACUGCCCCCUGGACCUAUUCUCAGGGAAUGAAGACAGAAUGAUGUAUGCUCUCAAUUGCCUCAUAAAAACACCACAGAACAAUCUUAGAGUAUUCUUGAAUGGUCGGUUAAUUUUUGCUAACAAUGGACGUUACAUGCCGACAUUAGAUGAUCACAAGAGACUGGUUGACAUUUUAAAGUUGCAAUUUGAAAAACAGGAUAAAACCACAGAGGAUGACCACAAAGAUUUUAAUCAUUCCUGUCUACAAGACUUCCUUCAUGUCAUACGGAAGGUACUCAUGGUUUCUGAAGUGGAUAGUGAAUCGACACCGAGGGUGUCCUGUACACGACCACAAACCAACAAACAUUGUUUAGCAAGUUGUUACAAAUCUAAAUCUAAGAAGGAAUCGGAAAAUUCAUCUUUACCGUCUGGCUGUAUUUUGGACCGAAUAUUGAAAGUGCAACAGUAUGAUGACCUGGACAUCGAGGGCAUCUAUCCAUUGUACCAACGCUUACAGGAGCAUUUAGCUCAUCACCCUGAAGACAGGGAGAAAUAUUGUCUAGAGGGACCUUUCAGUCAAUCGUUUAUAGAGCAACUUCCGAAGAUGCCUAAGCUAACAGAAAACAUCAACUCAAGCAUUGAAUCAACACUUGAUUAUGCUGUGCAAAAGAUUAGGGAGUUUCUCAUUGCCGCAACUACCAAGGACUGCUCUAUAAUGCUAACAUUACAGCAAGCAAGUGCUACACAAAUGGAAGAAUCGAUACCAUCUAUCUCUUCACGCAAUGGCAGCAGGUUUUUAUAUCAGUGUAGAAUUGUAGACCUAGACCCAAAGCCAUCUACGCGUAUCCCCAUGUAUGACAGACUAGAUCAAGACAUAACGCAAUAUUACAAGAAAUACUAUGAACAUGAAGACAUGUCUUCUUGAUAAAGGGCACAACAUUAUAUAUAGUUCUAUGAUUAUUACAUCCUUUCAUAAUUCUAUAAACAGCUCAGUGGACCACGUGUUUUAUUCUAACAUUUGUAUAUGGUUAUUUCAUUAUGUGUAAGUUAUUACUGUACAUGGUAAUAUAUAUAAUGUUUAAUACAUAUUUAGUGUUAGCUAUACUUAUCUCACCUUAUAUACUUCCAGUACUCUAGUAAAUAUGGAUAUAUUGUAAUGUUGGCAGCCUACUUGAAUACAACAUUAACAGUUUUAAGAUAAAUUAAUUUAUUGGAAAAAAAAAUAUUCUUGGUGAUUUAUUGGACAUUGUGGUAUUGCAAUUCAUAAUGUUUGUUUUAUGUUGAUUUUAUAAUAAAAUCUUCCAUCUCAAACAGAAUAAUGUUUAAUGA